UCUUAAUAAACCUGACAACCAACUCCAGGUUUCCUUAAUCCCAGAAACCCUCCCAGUGCAUCUCUUUCUAACCAGCAGGGAACGCUCGUCUUAGUUACGCAUCUCCAGCAACGAUGGCUACUCGAACGUUGGAGUCGCGCUUUGAGCGCAUGUCCGUCAAUGACGAGAAUGAGCCUGUUGACGGCGGCAAGCUCUACUCCAAGACCCAGUCCUUGGUCAAGACAUCACAGCUCUCCCAGAGCUCGAGCAGACCGAACCUCGUCAAGGUUGCACUCCAGUCCCAGAGCACCAACGCCGUCGCCUCGGUAACGCUGCCCUCGCAAACCGUCCAACGGCAUGCGAAAAACCCUGCGUCGCCCACAAGAAAGCCCCUCCCCUCAACCUCGUCGAGGACGUCAGAUGAGGUCGCCGAGAUCGAACGCAAGUCCGCCGUGUCCAUCAUCCUCGAGCCCUCGACGCCUAAAGUCUUCCAUCUGGGCAUGUUCGAAAUCGGCCGGCCUCUGGGCAAGGGCAAGUUCGGCCGCGUGUACCUUGCGAGAGAGCGCACGAGUGGCUUCAUCUGCGCCCUGAAGGUCCUGCACAAGAACGAGCUCCAGCAGGGCCGCGUCGAGAAGCAGGUUCGCCGCGAGAUCGAGAUCCAGAGCAACCUGCGACAUCCCAACAUUCUCCAGUUGUACGGCCACUUCCACGACAGCAAGCGCGUCUUCCUCAUUCUCGAAUUCGCUGGCAAGGGCGAGCUGUACAAGCACCUGCGCAAGGAGAGCCGCUUCCCUGAGUGGAAGUCGGCGCAGUACAUCGCCCAGAUGGCGUCAGCUCUGCGCUACCUGCAUCGCAAGCAUGUUAUCCACAGAGACAUCAAGCCCGAAAACAUCCUCAUGGGCAUCCACGGCGAGAUCAAGAUCUCGGAUUUCGGCUGGAGCGUCCACGCCCCUAACAACCGCCGCAACACGAUGUGCGGUACCCUCGACUACCUUCCACCUGAAAUGAUCAAGCCCGGCAGCUCGGACAACUACUACAAUGAAAAGGUCGACCUCUGGAGUCUGGGUGUCCUGACGUACGAGUUUCUUGUCGGUGAAGCGCCCUUCGAGGACACGCCUGUCAUGACACAGAGGAGGAUUGCCCGGGCUGACAUGACCGUCCCGUCGUUUGUCAGUCCCGAGGCUAAGGACCUGAUCAAGAAGUUGCUCGUCCUCGACCCCGAGAAGAGAAUACCUCUGGAGCAGGUCCAGACCCAUCCUUGGAUCGUCAAGCACUGCGUCAAGGGCGAGAGAGCCGCCAACCGCGAGAGGAGCUCCUAAUUAAUGACCCUUAUGAUUCAUGCAUCACAAACUAUCGAGGCAUAACGGCCCUUGUAGGAUUAACGGCGUUUCUUCUUUACGGAUUCAGGCAGGCUCUGAUCUAUCUACGGCUUGGGGUUUAGGAGGGAGGUGUGGUUUCCAGUUGCAUGUACGGGAGUUGGGUACCGUUGAUGUCCGUCGUUUUUUAAAGUAUGAAGAGAGAGGAGAGAGAAAACCAGACAAGCAUAGCC